AUAAUUUCACACGACCGGAAAGGACUUCUACAAUACAAAUGUGUCGUCCGUACUUCGUUGCUUAAAUGGUGGAAGCUUGGACGAAAACUCGAAAUUGAACAUAAAUGACGGAUUAGCUCCCUAAUCUUGACACAGCUUCGCAUACUGUCAACCAAAGAGGUGGGGAUUCCCUUUUGUCCACUUGUUGAGGGAAAUAACGAUGGGUUCGUCGAAGAAACAUAAAGAAAAGAGUCGUGACAGGGAAGCCGAGGAGCGCCGUCGCGAGCACAAGAAACACCGCCGCAAGGAGCGCGAGAGAGACGCAUCGACCCGCGAUGGUACUCGGGAGAAGGAGAGAAGGAAGCGGUCCGCGUCCAGGGACAGGAGUGGACGCGAGAGCCGCAACAAAGGCGACAGGAGCGGCGGGGAGCCACGCGUCAAGAAGGAGAAAACGGAGGAGGGAAGCACUGAGGUGCAAGCUCAGUCCGCCAGUGGAGAUGCAUCUCUCAGCAUCGAGGAGACUAACAAGCUCCGAGCCAAGCUGGGCCUGAAACCGCUGGAGUUGAACGAGAACAAGAAGGAGCUUGGCACCAAGGAGGAGCCGCUGGUGGCAGAGACCAUCAACCCGGCUCUCAUCCAGAAACAGAAGGACAUCAAGGAGAAGCUGGCAGCCAUGAAAGAGAAGCGCCUUCUGAACCAGAAGCUGGGAAAAGUCAAGACCCUGGCGGAGGAUGACUGGCUGGAGGACACCGCCGCUUGGGUGGAGAAGAACCGGAAGGCGGCGAAGGAGAAAGAGAUGGCGGAGAAGAGAGCCAAGCUCCUGGAGGAGAUGGACCAGGAGUUUGGUGUGAGCAACCUGGUGGAGGAGGAGUUCGGGCAGGGACGUAUAAACAGCGCGUACACGGCGCGGGAUCUGAAGGGUCUUAAAGUGCAGCACAAAGUGGACUCCUUCAAUGAGGGCCAGACGGUCAUCCUCACGCUGCAGGACAAAGGUGUGCUAGAGGAGGAGGAGGACGUGCUAGAGAACGUGGGGCUGGUAGACAAGGAGAAGGCGGACAAGAACGUGGAGCUGAAGAAGAAGCAGCCUGACUACAAGCCCUACGAGGAGGAGGAAAGCGUGGAUGACAUGGUGACGUUCAAGUCGCGCUCUGUGCUGUCCAAGUAUGACGAGGAGAUCGACGGCGAAAAGAAGAAGAGCUUCCGCUUGAAGACGGGCGGCAUGGCCGAUGGCGAGCGGGAGCGGGAGCUGCAGGCCAUGCGGGAGACGCUGCGCAGCCAGGCGCAGUCCUUGGUGAUGCCCUCGCUCAUGAUUGCUUCAGAGUACUACUCGCCUCAGGAGAUGGUGGCCUUCAAAAAGACCAAGCGGCGCGUGAAGAAAAUCCGUAAGAAGGAGAAGACGACAGUGGCUGACUUCUUGCUCCUGGACGACUCGCGCAAGACGGACUUCGGCUCCAGGACGCGCGGUCGUGGCCGCAAAGGGGAGAACGAAGAUGACGAGGGCGUGGAGGACGGCAGGUGGCCACACGAGACGGCGGUGACGCAAAUGUCCGACGACAUCCGGACAGCGGAAAUGGAUAUUAGCGAUGAUGAGGACUUCACGCCGCCCGAGCCCACUAUCCUGGAGGAAGACGAGGCUGAGCAGGAGCUGCAAAAACAACUGGAAAAGCAGAGGAAGCUGAGGCAGAAGCAGCUCCUUGGGGAUGCUGGUGAGAAGAUCGCCGAACGGGUGAAGCGACUCGCCAGGGAUGACACUGAGGAUCCCUCAGAAAAGCGCAACAACAUUGUCUUCAACGCCACCUCCGAGUUUUGCCGCACACUGGGCGAUAUCCCCACCUACGGCCUGUCUGGCAACCGAGAGGACCAGGAGGACAUGAUGGACUUUGAGCAAGAUGAAGAGAAGGAAGGCGCGGGCGACUCCAACUCUGAUGCGGAGGACAACGUCGGCUGGAGUAGCGUCAACCUGGACGAGGAGCAGAAGCACCCAGACUUCGCCACGGCCUCCGCCACCAUUCUGGACGAGGAGCCCAUCGUCAACUCGGGCCUGGCCGCCGCCCUGCACCUGUGCAAGAACAAAGGACUGUUGGAGACGGAGGUGCAAAAAGUGGCACGUGUCAAAGCCACUAAGGGGGCCCUGCCCAACGACAACUACUGUAUCGAGGACAAGAUGGGCUUUGAUGACAAAUACAGCCGGCGCGAGGAGUACCGAGGCUUCACGCAAGACUUCAAGGACAAGGACGGCUACAAACCCGACGUCAAGAUAGAGUACGUGGAUGAGUCUGGACGCAAGCUGACUCCGAAGGAGGCCUUCAGGCAACUUUCGCACAGAUUCCACGGCAAGGGCUCAGGCAAGAUGAAGACUGAGCGCAGGAUGAAGAAGCUGGAGGAGGAAGCGCUGUUGAAGAAGAUGAGCAGCAGCGACACGCCGCUGGGGACUGUGGCACUGCUCCAGGAGAAGCAGAAGUCUCAGAAAACGCCCUACAUCGUGCUCAGCGGAAGCGGCAAGAGCAUGAACGCCAACACCAUCACCAAAUAAACACACUUCUGGACAGUAGUUGGUAUUUUUUUCAACAGGCUUAUACACAGUGAUUGCUACAAAUUUAAGUUGUUGUUCGUGUAGUAGUUAAGAAUUAGUCAAUAAAAUGCUGACAAAUGCU